AUGUCCAGCCUUCUAGAACCUAUCACCGUCGGUGAGAGGCUCCCCUUGAGAAACCGUGUAGUCAUGGGAUCCAUGACACGCAACCGCUGCAUCGAUGACUACAAGCCCGGCCCUGCGCAGGUCAAGCAUUACGCCGACCGGGCUCGAGACGGAGUCGGACUCAUUGUCAACGAGGGAACAUUUGUCGAUUGGACAGGCUGCGAGUGGAAAUACUCGCCCGUCAUGAUCACAGACGACCACGCUCAAGCUUGGCGAAGAGUCACGGAUGCUGUUCAUGAGGAGGGCGGGAAGAUCUUCUUUCAAGCGUGGCAUGCCGGUCGCUGCCAGCAUGAUCAAAUGCCAAUCAAGAAACAAAUGGGAGGUCCGGUUUUGGCACCAUCUAGUAUCAAGGCUGAUGCAGGAAAAUAUCGUGACCUCCCAGGAUCCCCGGGUCACACGGACAAUGUGGAAGCGAUCGAGGAUCCACGGGAAGUAAUCGAAACCUACCGCCACUCUGUAGAGCUGGCGAAAAAUGCCGGUUUCGACGGGGUAGAACUGUUGGCUCAGGGUGGCUAUCUGCCGCACCAAUUCCUCAUGAAGCGUGCCAAUAAACGGACGGAUCGGUACGGUGGUACAGUCGAGAACAGAUGCCGAUUUGUCCUUGAAGUUGUCGAUGCAAUCAGCAAGGUAUUCGGCUGGCCUGAGUUCAUCUGUGUCAAGCUGAACCCAACUGAUUUUGCCAAUGACUCCAUGGUCACCUUCGAGGAGAUGAAGGAAACCUAUACUCACCUAAUCAAGGAGCUAGUCGCACGCAAGGUCGGGAUUAUCAAUCUCUCCCGACGUGGAGCUGAUCCGAAUGCUGGGACUGGGGACUUCUUUGGGCUCGUUGGCCGGCCUAGUGAUUAUCCUCUGCCUCCUAACUACGAUCCGGUGCUCGACUUUGGACCGCUGGUAAAGUAUCCCGGGAGCCCUUCGUUGCUCAUGGCCAACCAUGACUACACGGUUGAGGAGGCGAAUAUUUUGGUCGAAGAGGGCAAGCUUGAUUUGAUUACAUUUGGUCGACCGUUUAUCUACAAUCCUGAUGUCAUCUCGCGUAUCAGCCAUGGCAUACCUUUGGCCACGAACGAUCGCGGCAACACCGUUCAUUAUGGUCCGUACCAAACGCCAGACGAGAACUAUAAUGACUGGCCUGUUGCAGCUAUCUAGCGCGUUGGUAGGGUU